AUGUCGUCUACGGUGACCACUCCGACCGUCACCAAUAUCUUCCCCACUGCGACGUCUAGCGGGGCGACGCGAGAUAGUGGGAUUGGUGGUCAAAAUCCGACUACAUAUUACUUUGUGUUCCUAGGUGUCCUUGUCGUCCUCCUAACCAUAGCCGCCACCCUCUCCCUCCGCGCUUUGCGCAUUCGCCGGCGAUAUCGUACCGCCACCCAGCUCGCCAUCAUGCGCGGCGAGCCAUUACCGCCCAUGCACAAUCGAGACGACUACUGGGGCUUUGGGCCGAUGGGCUGGCGGAACGCGGAGGGCGGGGACGAGGUGGAUCGGGCGAUGGCGGCGGGCAUGCGGGUGAGGGGCGGGAAAGGAGCAUGGGAGAAGGUGCCGGUACUGUUGGAGGCGGAGGUUGAUGAGAAGGGGGACGGAGAAGGGCUAGAGUCAUGUCAGGUGAGUGGGACAUGGGCAAUGAAGGGCGAAGCUGGAAGCGAUAGAGGGGAGAUGCUGACAUUUUAUAAGCCUGUCACAUUACAUUCCCUACUCCCUCGACCUGUUCCCAGCGCUGCAUCCCCAGAACCUGCUGCACCCGCUAGUCGAUCAUUACAGCCUCGCCAACCAGGCGGGGCAUCUCGAAUAGAUUUCAGCGAGAUCCGCCGGCAAAUCCGGAAUGGGCCACGUCCGGCGCCUGCGCUAGCUGGGGCACCGGCACAGGUGGUCACGGAGCUGAGCAGGGGUGUGGAGAUAGGCGAGGACGUGAGGGUAGCGAUUGUAAUCAGGAUGCCGCGAGAUCCGGCCGAGGUGGAGCAGGAGGAAAGGCGGAGUAUGAUAGAUGAGGAUGAGGAGAGGCCGGGAUGGGAGAGUGGGAUGGAGCUGGGAGUAUGGGAAGGAGUCGUAGGUGGAGACAAGCGAUAG